AUGGCACCUCUCGACACGACCCACGAGGCGGAGGUGGACCUCGAGGCCGGUCGACAAGACUUUGCAUCGGCGAACAACAAGCCGUCACAGAAGACCAAAAAGCAGAAGCGGAGGACGCGCGUGGUCGGCGGCUGCUGCUGCCGCGUCGCGUGCGGCGUCCUCCUCGCGGCGGCGCUCGUGGCCGCGGUCCUCGGCGGUCUGUACCUGGCGCUGGACCCGAAGCUGCCGCGGUACACGGUGCACGCGGUGGAGGUGACGGCGUUCGGCAUGGACGACGACAUGACGGCGCGCGCCACGUUCGACGCGUCGGUGGCGUUCGAGAACCCCAACCGCGCCAUCGGCAUCCGCUACGAGGAAGGCUCCGACCUGUCCGUCUGGUUCGGGGGGUACCGCCUCUCCAGGGGCGCGCUGCCGGCGUUCUACCAGGGCCCCCGCGGCGGCGCGGCGGUCGUGCGCGUCGCCAUGAGCGAGGCGCGCCUGCAGGGCACGGGCGUCGUGGAGGUGAUGAGGCACGUCAACAACGACGCCGCCGGCGGCGAGCUGCCGCUCGUGUUCCGCGGCGAGGUGCCGGUGAGGGUCAAGGUCGGCCCGUUCACCACGGGCAAGCUCACCCCCAGCGUCCGCUGCGACCUCGUGCUCAACAGGCUCGCCACCGAGGGCAGCCUCGGGGUCAAGACCAUGGACUGCAAGUUAAGCAUCAAGCUCUGGUAA